UACUGUGGCAACUCCUAACGGGAGCAGCUGAAAGAAGAAGAUAUGUCAGGAACAUGCAAAUUAGUGAACAUUCGGCGUGCAUUUCUACACGGUGGUCACGUUUUAGAGGUUUCACCUCGGUUAGUGUGGAAGAUGGGAGGCUGGAUUCAGACCCUGUACCUCUGUGUGGUUAUUGGCGUCCUGCUGGAUGGCAGCUGGGCUAAGAAAAGUCAAGACAUGCGCUGUGGAGCCUGCAGGGCACUCGUUGAUGAGAUGGAAUGGGGAAUCUCGCAAGUUGACACUAAGAAAAUGAUCCAGACGGGGUCCUUCCGCAUCAAUCCUGAUGGCAGCCAGUCAGUGACUGAGAUGCCAUAUGCCAGGUCUGAGUCUCACCUCCUAGAACUCAUGGAGGUCAUCUGUGAGAAAAUGACAGAGUAUGGCGAAAAAGAAGACCCAACCAGUCACCGGAAAACGUACGAGCGCAUCGUCUCUCGGGAUGGAAAGAGGAUGGAUGUUUCUGAAACCAAACUUAACUCGGAAGUGACUGCCAGCCUCAAGUUUGCCUGUGAGACCAUCGUGGAGCAAUAUGAAGAUGAGCUUAUUGAAUUUUUCUCUCAUGAGGCGCAGAAUGUGAAGGACAAGCUUUGCAGCAAGCGGACUGAUCUCUGUGACCAUGCUCUCCAUAUACCUCACGAUGAGCUGUGACGAAUAGGGCCAAUAAGAUGGCAGUCAGCAUAGAACUUGGACUUCUCAGCUUCAUGUGAUUUCAACAACCUCUGAACGUUUUUUUUUUUGGGAUACCACAUCAGCAGCAGCAAGAAGUGCACCUGUGCCACCCCCUCCUCAAUAACACCCUGCCUCUGGAACAUUCUUCUGUUUGCCUUUGACAGAUGGUUAGAUCUCACUGCCUUGACAACACAGGUGAAAGGUCACGUCACGUGCCUGUUGAAGGUUUGGCAGCUCGUUCUGUUGGCUCCCAUUCUUUACUCUGGGGUCUCUUGUUACAGUAUGUUCAAGAAGACUGCUUUGCAGCAUGGUACUGGGAACCAACAGUAGAUAAUCCAUCAUUGUCAUUGAUUUCAGUGUGCACUGCUGUACACAAGUUUUGGAGGCUGUCAGUUGGCUGAACCUUCUCCUAAAUGACUUGACGUAGUAGGGGGGCUACCAAGAGGAUGUCACUUCAGGUUGGGGAAUCGCCAUCUCUGGGGAAGUGACUAUGCAGGGAGGGACAAGCAGGGAUUCAGAUUUUUUAUUUUUUUGUUUCUCUCUCUCUUUCAAGAGUAAUUUGUCACAGCCGUAAAACGUCAAGAUUUAGUUGCAUCCGUUUUAGAGAUUGCCACUGUCAAACGCAGGAGCAUAACUGCCGGGUUACUGAAAAAACAUUGAAGUUUUUCUUCAUGGUGCUUGUAUUUGUGCCCACUCUGUCUGAGUUGAGGGUUACAUCUCCAUCAAAAAGAACACAUUCCAUUAUGAUGCAUACUUUUUUCCAAUAAAAUGUCUAUUUAUAUAGCAAUGA